ACCACGACCACUCGUACGUGGACGCAUCAUGCAUGUCUGCUCAUGAUCAAUAUGGAGAGAUAGCUGCACAGCAUAAGAAAGGAAUAGCUACCGGAGAUGACUGUCACUGCAUCUCGCGAACAGCUCAGGGACGAGCUCAAACAGCUCCUCCGCCUGCUUGGCAAACAGUAUAUACGCAGCUGGUACACUGGCAUCUCCAAGAAUGAAGACUUCUUCCCUCUCCUGGAAGAACUUGUCGAUGAGCUAUUUGUCAAAGUCUGCGAACGCUCUGACGGUGCCGACUGGGACGAAUUUCUACAUCAAAUUGUACCAGCGCUUUUGUUGAGACAUUUGGAAGACUUCAACACGGCAGUGGAUCGCCAAUAUGCGGAGCAGUCUUUUGCUGAAGCCUUUUAUGAAGUCAAUGGCCUUCACGACGGCGUUGUCAGCCAGUCAGCCUACCUGAUGCGUGUUGCAGAUGGUCUUUUAUCUGUCUUGCUUCCCUACGAAGAGUUGGUUAGCGACGUUGGCUAUGCCUUUGUCAGAGAAUUGCUCUCUGAUGUCCUUCUGGCCUUGUACAGCGAGCGUCUCAGUGAUGUUUACUUCUGGGACGACCUGCUCAUCAAGUUGUUGAGAAAGCCUAUGGCCACGGACGAACAACCAAAGUCUAUUUUCGGCCGCGUGCACGACUGGGCGUCUACAACAGGGCCGGAACUAUUCGCUCGUGGUUCAGAAGUCUACCAAUCUAUCAACGCGCAACACGCUCCUGGCCAGUUAGAGGCUGCAGUGCUUAGUGAAACAGCUCUUACACGCAUCAUCGCUGCGGUCCUUACACCAAGCUUUUCUCACCUUAGCCUUGGACUCAUUACGCAUCUUGUCGUUCCCCUGGUAGACAUGUGGCGAGGUGCUGCCAUUCGGUCGCUCUUGUCAGACUUCAUCACCAGGCAAACUUCAUCAGCGGCUCUGACACGACAUGCUCAGUGGCUCAACCACUUUUUAUUCCCAAAUGGUCAACCUUCGCCCAGUCGAGUUGUCCCUACAGAAGACACUCAAGCCAUUUUGCGCAUCACAGCGAAAGAGGAACUUGUCCUGGAUAUCCCCUUUUUCUCUGAUAAGCAAGUCAAUAAAGUCUUGCUGUUCCGCUUGCUCGAUGCGGCUAUCACCACACUGCUUCCAGAGCUAGCGAGGCAAACACCAGAGCAAAUCAGAAAGAAGCGCAUCAUGAUACAUCAGGCAGACAGUGAAGCUUUUGGAUUAGGUGGUAUUUCGAGCAUCUACCGGACAAAAGCGCCUGCUGAGGAUGAAGAGCCUGCGAUGGCUCGCAGACCAACAGCGCCCAUGUGAGCUGCCUGCAGCCUCUACGAAUGCAAAAUGACUGCAAUCAUAAUGAUUGCAAAGAGAAGAAUGAGUGACGCACACGCCAUGCCGCGGUUGGCGAUUCGCCAGAUGCCAAUAUUGAAAUGCUUGGCACCCAAGGGCAAUCGAUCUUCUGCAUCCUCGAGCUGUUUGCUCCAGAAGAAGCCAGCAACGAACCACAAGGCAGGAAACAAGAAUCCAAGGGCAAACAAGAUCACGAGCUGGUCGCGCUUCUUCCUGCGUGUAUCCUCAUCCAAUUGCUGAAUGCGCGCUUGGUAGACUGGAUCUUGCUGAAUGAGUGG